AUGCUUCAUAAUACUUUACUCUCAAAACUAGAUGACCUGUACAAGCUGCGCCAAGCAAUACUAGACGCCGCCACCACCACCACCACCACCACCACCACCACCAAGCCCUCGCCCCUAGGCUGGUCAUCUCGAGGGGAAGGCAACUCAGCUUUCCAGGGACUUCUAAGCUUAACAGAGAACGUGGACCAGCUUCAUCUUGACCUGUCUGAGACUAAGGCUGCUGAGGACCGGGCCUGGAAGAACUGGGAGGACAAUAGCACUUCUCAGUCAGAUAUUUGGACUUCACGUAGUACACAAAGGUCACCUGAGAGCCCAGACAUUUGGACUUCACAGGGUACACAAUGGUCACUUCAGAAUUCAGACAUUUCGACUUCACGCGGUACACAAAGGUCUCCUCAGAUUUCAGCGGUCAAGAAUGAGGGUUACGAGGACCACUGGGUGAGGGUGAAGGGGAUUUACGAGAACAUGAGGUCCAUCCUGCAGCAAAUGUACCCCAUGGAAGGCAACGACCCCACUCCAGGACUUCCACUGCUGGACCGAUUCAUAUCCUUUGGUAACCACGUAUAUUUCCUCAAGAAUGUGGUCAGCUCCUUCGAUUCUGACCUCCUGGAGUACCUUUCAGCCAAGUGGAGUGAGGUCAAGGCGUCCCUCAUGCCCACACACCCACUCCUGCAAGCUGUGUUAUCCUCCAGCGUGAGGGAUUUUGGGUGGGGUAUCCUAAUGGCGUUGCUGCGGCAGUUCGGCGGGAUCCUUCAGCAGCAGGCCUUCACACACAUCAGGGAGAUUGAGUUUGUGGUGGAGCUGAUGAUGUCCUCUGGGUUUAAGGACGAGGAAGUACGUGAAGUCUUUCUCCUCCUAGGGCUUCCUACGGCUGUCAUUGAUGAUGGUGUUGAGGCGAGGCAAAUGGCUGGCUACGGCGCUUACACACUCGACAAAUCAGGAGGGUACGGUCACUCUGGAGGUUACGGCGGUGGUGGAUACAGCGGCGGUGGAUACGGUGGCUAUGGACAUGUGCAGAGUUUCGAUCCCUUUGUUCUCCUCGCUGGUUUGGCAUUCGCUACCUUUCUGGCGUAUUUGAUCUACCGUUUGCUGUCUACAACUACUGCUAAUGGGAGGGCCUUAUCUGGAACCAUCCUGACCCUUGAUAUGUCUGAUGUCCCUGUUGGCAUGGGGAACCUGUACUCGUGGCUGGAGGAGGCGAAGGGGCGGUAUGAAGGUGCUGGAAAGAGCGUCCAGCACGAGGGGAGCCACCUGAGCUGGGCCGCGAACCACCUGUGGGAGAGCUACAAGGUGGACAGACUCUCCCGGGGGUGCGUCAGGAAGUUCUUAUGUGACUACCUGACCACCAACCAAGAAACUGCAACUUCAGCCUCCGUGGAACAUCUUGCCUUAACCAGCCUGGCCCAGCUGUUUGGCGAGGAGAACACACCAGCUUUCCUUGACCGUCUCUCCUCUGACAUACUUGAAGGAAAGGACGUGGAAUGUGAUGUGUUGGCGCCCCACUGUGACGAGGAGGCUUACAAGAUGACAACACAACCACCUACUGCCUCGGACGGACUGCAGAAGGCGACGAAGGAAGUGGUGGAAGAGUAGUGUGUGUGUGUGUGUGUGUGUGUGUGUGUGUGUGUGUGUGUGUGUGUGU